CCCCCCCCCACCGUGGGCAGCAUGCGGGCCUGGAAGGCGGUGGCCGGCACGCUGGUGCUGAGCGGGGCCGACGUGGCGGUGACGACGCUGCUCUACGCGCACGGCCGCGGCGGCCGGGCGCUGCUCGAGGACCUGCGCCACUUCAACAUCUUCAACUCGCUGCUCGACGUGUGGGGCGGCUGCCUGUACCGCGGCUGCGUGCUGCUGGGCGCCGCCAUCGGCGUGGCCACCAACACGGCCUACGGGCCGCGGCGCCUGCGCGCCUCGCGCGCCUUCAUCGCCGUCGUCUGCCUCCUCAUGGGCAUCUACAUGCUGGUGAAGCUGCUGCUCUACGCCGAGGUGCGCAGGACCAUCCGCGACCCCUGGUUCUGGGGGCUCUUCGCCUGGACCUACGUGGCGCUGGCGGCCACCUUGGGGCUGUGGCAGCUGCUGGCGUCGGUGACGUCCUCCCGCGAGGCGCUGGGCUCCGAGUCGCGCGCCGAGGAGAGCUGCGAGGGCGGCUCCGCGCACCAGAAGCGCGACGAGGCCGCGGGACCCACCAUCCACAAGCUGCUCGCGUACACCAAGCCCGACGCCUUCUUCUUGGGGGUUGCCUCCUUCUUCCUCCUCGUGGCCGCCCUGGGAGAGACCUUCCUGCCCUACUACACCGGGGUGGCCAUCGACGGCAUCGUGGUGCAGAAGAGCAUGGACCGCUUCUCCACCGCCGUGCUCGUCAUGUCGCUGCUGGCCAUCGGCAGCUCGUUUGCCGCAGGUGUCCGGGGCGGCGUUUUUACGCUCAUAUUUGCCAGGCUGAACCUCCGCCUUCGCAACUGCCUCUUCAGGUCGCUGGUGGCCCAGGAGAUGAGCUUCUUCGACGAGAACCGCACAGGGGACGUCAUCUCCCGCCUGACAUCGGACACCACCAUCGUGAGCGACCUGGUGUCCCAGAACAUCAACAUCUUCCUGCGCAACGUGGUGAAGGCCACGGGCGUCAUCGUCUUCAUGUUCAGCCUCUCCUGGAAGCUCUCGCUCGUCACCUUCAUGGGCUUCCCCAUUAUCAUGCUGGUGUCUGAGGUCUACGGCAAGUACUACCAGAAGCUCUCCAAGGAGGUGCAGAGCGCCCUGGCCAAGGCCAACAACACGGCCGAGGAGACCAUCUCGGCCAUGAAAACUGUGCGCAGCUUUGCCAACGAGGAGGCCGAGGCYGACGUGUACUGGCAGAAGCUGCAGCAGGUCUACAAGCUCAACAAGAAGGAGGCCCURGCCUACACCUACUACGUGUGGUCCAGCGGGCUGACACUCCUGGUGGUCCAAGUGAGCAUCCUCUACUAYGGGGGACACCUGGUGAUCUCGGGGCAAAUGACGAGCGGAAACCUGAUAUCCUUCAUCAUUUAUGAGUUCGUCCUAGGAGACUGCAUGGAGUCCGUCGGCUCCGUCUACAGCGGGCUGAUGCAGGGGGUGGGAGCUGCUGAGAAGGUGUUUGAGUUCAUCGAUCGCCAGCCCACGAUGGUCAACGACGGCUCCCUGGCCCCGGACCACGUGGACGGGCAGGUGGAGUUCAGAAACGUCACCUUCUCCUACCGCACUCGCUCCUCAACCCAGGUGCUUCAGAACGUGUCCUUCACCCUGCGGCCCGGCCAAGUGACGGCGCUGGUGGGCCCUUCGGGGAGCGGGAAGAGCUCCUGCGUCAACAUCCUGGAGAACUUCUACCCGCUGCAGGACGGGCAGGUGCUGCUGGACGGGCGCCCCAUUGCCACCUACGACCACAAGUACCUGCACUCCGUGAUCUCCCUGGUGAGCCAGGAGCCCGUGCUGUUUGCCCGCUCCAUCGCCGACAACAUCUCCUACGGCUUGACGUCCACCUCCUUCGAGGCGGUGGUGCAGGCUGCCCAGAAGGCCAACGCGCACUCCUUCAUCACCGAGCUGCAGGACGGCUACCACACAGAGGCGGGUGAGAAAGGAGCGCAGCUCUCCGGCGGGCAGAAGCAGAGAGUGGCCAUUGCCAGGGCCCUGAUCCGCAACCCCCCCAUCCUUAUCCUGGACGAAGCCACGAGCGCGCUGGACGCCGAGAGCGAGCACGCGAUCCAGAAGGCAAUUUACGGCGACCUGCAGAACCACACGGUGCUGGUCAUAGCUCACAGACUGAGCACCGUGGAGAAGGCCCACAACAUCGUGGUGCUGGACAAGGGCCGCGUGGUGCAGCAGGGCUCGCACAAGGAGCUCAUGGAAGAGGGCGGCCUUUACUGCAAGCUGGUGCAGAGACAGAUCCUGGGGCUGGAGACGGGCGGCGCGGACGGCCACCAGCCCGCGGCCCGGGCCGACGCGAGGAAGACGCCGGGCCGGCAGGAGGAAGAGUUCAGGAUAGAGGAUUACGGCGCCUCGGCGCCCAAGUGA